AUGUCGAAUCCUGUCCCAGAGGUGGUGCUACCGAAAGGUGACGCCGACACUCCGCCAGCGACGAACAUCGCCGAGCAGCGCCCAUCGACGCCGAAUGGUACAGCAGGACCAGCGGAUGUGGGCAAGGCAGAGACGAAGGCCCCGGUCACCCCAACGAGACCACCACAAGUCAAAAAGGCGCCCGGAUCGACGCCUCGGUUGAAGAAAAAGGUGCCAUGGAGGGGCAAAAACAUAAUGGUUUUGCUUCCUCGAGAUGCAGAGCGAGGCCAGCGGGGCAAGGCUCCUAUUCCUCUCAGACAGCAUGAAGUUGCGAACAUGUUUAGGGAGUGGGAAGAGCUCGGAUACGACAUUCGUGGAUUCGACCUGAACGUCCCGCAAGAGUACUCGGCUCUCCCCGUAGAGCACCACUCUAGGAGCAGGGACGAGUGGCCAGAUGUCGAGGACAUCAAGAGGGAGCGGACCGAUCGUAAAUAUAAAGUCACACUGCCGGAUCUUGAAGCUUGGAAGAAAUACAUGAAUGAAUUGACCGAGGCCAAGCUCAGGGCCCUCGGCGUAUCACUCGGUGAUGAAGACCCGCCGCCGCCGCCUCCAUCCAUCUCUCCCAAUCCGAUUGGCCUCAACAGACGUGCAACGAUUACUCAGUAUCCCCCUCUGCCCUUCUCGCCGCCGGUUCCCACACCUUCGGCAUCAAGUGCUCAGGGGAUGCAGCAGUUCCCGUUCUCCGCACAGAAUACUGCGGGCGGUAUCAAUGCAGUUGCUUCUCCUGUCUCCUUCAACGGAAACUUCAACCCCCACCAGUCCCGGCAAUCCGUCUCGAUCCCGGCAAACCAGUCCCCAUUCGGGUUCAUGCCGCCUCAGCAGCAGCCUUCACCUAGGGAUGUGAUGUUCCAGCAGCAAGGAAUGCACCGUGUGUCGCCCUCCUUGUCAACCUCACCCUUCUCGCCUGGUGGGUUUCAGCCACCGAUGCUGCACCAAAGGCACCAGUCGCUUCAAUUCCCUCAACUACCCCACCAGCACUUCAUGCAGUCUGCUCGGGCCUCACCUCGUUUACAAGAACUACGUGAGGCGGACGAGGAAGAAGAGGCGAAGAGUGCAUCAAGGACACCUGAGCCAGCACCACAAAUUCGUCACAAUGCCAGCGACAGCCUCCAGAAGGAAAUCGAUGAAGCGGAGUAUCACUUGGAGGAACAGUUCCGCUCACAGCUUGAACACGACGAGGAUUACAGUCCGCACAACGAGGACGAGAAGAUCCACGCAGCUGCUCAAUCAAGCCAUGAAUCGCCGGUGCAGUUCGCGCCACAAGCACCGCGCUUUGAGGGUGCGGUCGAUAAGGAUCUCGUCCUCCAUCAUCCUCGACCUCAUAGUAGAGGCCAUUCGCUGUCUCAGAAGUACUUCGGAGAAGAUGAUAUGAGAGCCGGUUCUGGCAAAGGUGGCUUCAACAGCUUGAAGCCUAUACAAGACGACGACAAAGCUGACCGCGACGACGUUGACACGAAUCCAAGCAACCUUGGCACACCCGUCCUACCCAGCUUUGGAGACACGUCCCACGAGAGAAACUUUUCCACCAUGAGCAAUCCGUGGCAGGAUGUCCAGUCAAUCUCACGACGGCCGAGUCACAGUAGCAAGCCGUCCUUUUCGAAGCUCAACGUUGCAGCGCCUGAGUUCAAAUUCAACCCCACGAGCUCCUUUCAGCCUGGGCAGUUCAACUUCGGAAGCAAUACAUUCCAACCGGCUGUUUUCCAAGGAGCUUCCGCCUCGAACCCUCCGGACUCGGAUCACUCAAAUCAGUUCAGCCCUCCGGCAGGCCCUUCGCGCAAGAUCAACGUCAAUGCUCCAGUAUUUUCUCCCGGUUCCAGCGAAUUCAGCUUUUCUGCUGCCGGUGCGCCCACUUUCCGACCGAAUGCCCCGGCAUUCACACCUCACUCGGUGGCUGGCUCGGUGACAUCCCCGGUCCUUUCUGGUAGCGAGAGCGGUAAAAUGGCGUCCUCGAUAUUCGGCAGCAUCGACUUGAACAUGCCGGAAAUCAUGAAGCCUCCAAAGAAGUCCAAGGCCAUUCCUAUCGUUCGACCAGCUAGUCGCACGUCGAACAAGGAUGAACCAGCUCCUGCCGAGGACGAAAAUGGUCGCAUAAUCGACGAGACACGAGUCAAGAGAUUCAGAGGGGCAAGCGCUGAUGACGACGAGGGCUCUCGCUUGCUUGCAGAGCCAAGCUCGACAGUCCACACAGAAGCCAAGGGCGCGGAAGAGGAGCGCCCAGCCCGUGACUCUGGGAUUUCGUCGACCAUUCUCUCUGAUUCCACGGAUGCCAAGGACAACACUAGCUUGUCCGAAGUCUCUGCGGAGCACAAUGCGAAUGCCUGGACUCCGUUCGAGUUCGGGUCAGAAGCCGAGGUGUCAGCCUUCAACACAGCUCGGCCUUUCGGAGAUGAAGGCUUUAUGGCUCACGGCCACCAGAAAUCUCUUUCAGCGUCGGCGAGGCCAUUCAUUCCCGGCACGUCUUUCAUGACUGACGAUGAUUAUAAUGACAAGGAGGAUACCCCCGUCCCGGGCUACUUCGAACGGUCCGACAGGCGAUCUGAUAUGGAAGCUGAGGUCAGUCCUGUGGAGGAGGACCAAAGCGCUGAGGACGUGCCGCAGCAGUCCAUCGAGAGGGAGCCCUCACCUAUCAUCAGCCCUGCGGAGGAAGAGGAUCUCGGUGUUGAGACAUUUGUGGCCCCGUCUCCGCCUGUGAAGAAGGGUCUCGCUGCAAGCAGAUUCGCUGCCAGCCCCUCGCCGCCUAAAGGACUGGGUGCUUCGAAGCACGCCAAGUCACCGUCACCUGUUUCUGAAGUUGAGGCUCCUCACAGCCCGUUGGUGAGCGACACGCAACGAUAUUCGGCGUCUCCUGUUACUGCUGAAGAUCUAGAGGACACCCAGGACACAAUACCCCAGUCUGCGAGCCCACGUACGGAUCAGGAUGAGGAGCAUGGUGAAGCUGAAGAGCCAACAUUCGAAGAGAUCGAUGCUGUCAUGCAACACAUCAACGAGAAUGAUCCUGAUUUGGGCGUCAAGAAGAUGGUGGACUCGCCAAGAUGGCACCAACCAAGCCCAACACGACAUAUACCUGUCACUGCUAUCACCAGCGAGUCUCCUAAGCGCAACCACCCGCACUUUCUUCGCGGUGAAGCGCCAAGCCCGAGCCCUAGGCAUUAUCACUUGCCGCUUGGAGUGCACCCUCCUUUGCACACCACCGAAAUGCUGGAGAAUCCGUUUGUAGAUCCUCCGAUGAGCGCCCAAAUCUCUCGACUCAACACCAGUGAGAGCCAAGCUGCUAGUGACGAUUGGGAACGGGCGUUCAGCGAUGAAGAGCAAGUGAAGCUCGACUCUCGCGCCAAUUUCUUCGACGGAAAGGUCAAUGAGCUAGUUGGUGCUGCCCUGCAGUCGCGGCUCGAUCCUCUUGAAAGGACUUUGGAGGGAAUACAACAGGCUCUCGCGUCGCUGUCUGGUCUUCCGCCGUCGAGUCGCCGCGAACGACGAAGCGUCUCUGCGGAGAACCAAGAGAGCGAUGCGGAUGACGAGGAUGAUGAACCCGUUCCACGACGGUCAAUGAGCCCUCGCAGAGACAAGCGAAUGGAGCAGAUAAGAGUUGCUGUUCUGGAUGCAUUUGCUGUCCAGCAACGCAGCGCCCCUCCAUUGCCUCCCCUGCCGGGCAUUGCACAAGAUGGUGCAUCCGCGGAGAGCAUGGUCUCUAUCCUGAGGGCCAUGGAAGAGAUGAAGCAGCAAUUUAGCGAGUCCCUGCACCUCGACUUCCGGGCCGAAGACCUUCGAAAUGUUGUCGAGGAGGCAGUCGAGUCACGCUUGCCUCCCACCCCGCCCCAGCCAGUUGUUGUGGAAGGCCAGGACGAGUUGAGUGAGAAAUUCAACGAACUGCAAGCUCGUUAUGCAGAUCUGGAGCAGCGUAACCGACUGGAAGAAGCUAAGGCUUCAGCAGAAGCAUCUCGCGCAGCUGAACUCGAGAGACAGCUAUGGAAGGCUGAGACCAAGAUCGAAGCCGAGAUCAUGAACCGCAGCACUCAUGACCAGCGAUUCUUGGAUCUAGAGAGUAGACUGAGCAACCAAGAGGCCAUAAACGAGGCAGAAGUCCAACUUCGACGAGCAGCUGAAGACAGGUUAUCCGAGGUGCAACGUCUUCUGCGUAUUUCUUCGGAAGAAGAGGUACGACUAAGGGAGGCUCUCGAAGAGAAGGAUGAGAGGCUCAAGAUUCUCGAUGCGACCCACAGCAAGAACACUAUGCGCAUGGCUUUGCUCGAAGCUGCCGCCGAAAAUUCUGAGAAAGAGAAGUUCGACCUUGAGAAUCGUGUCAGUAUUGCUGAAGUGGACGUUCGAGAUCUGCGCCAAGAAUCAGCUCGAUGGAGGAGCGAGGCAGACCAGACUGCGCAGCUGUCCCAACGCCAGAACGACGAGUUGUACCAAGCGAUGGAAGAGAACAAGCAACUUCACAGGUUGAUUGACACUCUUGGUACUCAGCUGAACGAGAAUGAGCGACUUCGUGAUGACUGGAGGUCCAAGUUCCUCUCUUUGCAGCAAGACAUGGAGAAUGCCAUGCGCCAGAUCACCGAGGAGAACGCCCGCCGGGCCAAGAAGGAGCAAACGAUGCUUGCCAGACAAGAAGUUCUCGAUGCCAAGCUCCAAGCAGAGUCUAAGACCCGCGAGCGUCUGGAGACUGAACUCGAGAGAUUGGAGGCUGGUGAGCGUCAAGGCAUGAAGGCUGUCAGUGAGGCUAAGAGAUUGGACGCCCUCUUGGGAGAGAUGCGGACUGAGAACCACAAACUGCAGCAAAGCGCCAUGCGCUAUCAAGCAGAGUUCCAGGAAGCCCGUGAGUCUGGAGCACGGGAGAUACAACGCACUCGCGAAUCAAUGCAAGGCCAGGUCGAGGAUGCGAACAACCAAGUCAACGUGGUCCGCGAAGAACUCGAGGAUGAGAUUUCCCGACUGCGUGCGCAGCUCGACCAAGCCAAGCUUGAUGCUGACACCGUCAGGUCGCGAUACGACAUGGUCAUGGAAGAUGCUCAACAAAACAGGAAGGGCGACAUCGACGAGGUCAUACGCAAGCACCAGGACGAGAUUGAGGAUGUGCAGGCCCGAUUUGAACGACAACUCAACAACACUGUCGAGGACGCCCAGCGUGCCGAGUCCAACCUCCUCGAACGCCUCAGCAUUUCGACAUCCAAGUGUGAGCACCUGCAGGAUCGUGUUACUCAUCUAGAGGAGAAGCUCGACAUUGCUAGGGAAGCCGCACGAGCUGCAGCACAGGCAGCCAAGGCAUCUGGAGUUGUCUUGCCGCCUGUCUCAGCUCCUCCUGUCUCCGUCCCCGUCCCUGAGCAGCAUGCUUCGACCUCGCAGCCGCAAGUGCAGUCGCAGACGGCAGCCGUUGCUACAGCUAUGCAACUGCCAGAGAAGAUCUCUCCCCAGGCCCUCCGAGAAUCUAUCAUGGUUCUGCAAGAACAAGUGCAAGAGCGGGAGCUGAGGAUCGAAGAGCUUGAGCAGACUGUGGCCAAGCUUGACCCCGAAUCUGAUACGAAGAUUGCGAAGCGGGAUGACGAGAUUGUCUGGCUGAGGGAACUCCUUGGUGUGAGGCACUCAGAUCUGCAAGACAUCAUUACCGCACUCGGCCGAGACGACUAUGAUCAAGAUCGCGUUCGGGAUGCGGCCAUCCGCCUCAAGGCCAAUCUACAGAUGGAACAGCAGGAGCGCGAGAGGGCCAUGAACGGCGGAUCGGCCAUCAAGAUGCCUAACAUCGCGGCCAGUCUCCGGGAUGCCGCGACGCCUAGGGUCGCUCAAGCCGUCGGCCCGUUGGCUGCUGCAUGGGGUAAUUGGCGUAAAGGCGGCACCUUGUCCAACGUUGCGCCAUCAUCAUCAUCCGCGUCGGGUGCCAACCACGCCACGCCUAGGAAAGAUAGCCCUGGCUCACAGAGCAGCUUCCUCUCAGGUCUUCUGACCCCGCCGGCUUCUGGUGUCCGCCAGCCGUCGCCAUCUGGUCAACCGACGGCUUUCUCCAACACCGGUCGCCGCUUCACAGCUCAGGACCUUGCCAACCGGCCCAAGGCACCACCCCAGCGACAGGCUCAAAAAAUGCCAGCUCGAGGAGGGAGUCCAGCGCAAAAGCAGCAGAAUUUCCCAAGCGGACCACAAACACCGCCGAUGAUGCGACCGGCGGCUUAUGAUGAUGAUGCCAUGGCAGCCGACGACUUCGACGAUGCUGGCUUCUUCGACGAUGAGUGA